AUGACUACUCCGACAAACUCAACGACGCCCCUAGAGAGGUCAGAGCUGAAAAGUCAAACGGGAAUCGCCUUGGAUUGGACCCGUGAAGAACAAGCAAUUCUUGAUGAUGGCCUCGCUACGUAUUCGUUGCACUCGAUUGUUUCACGUUACACCAGAAUCUCCUUAGAUCUUCCAAACAAAACCGCCAGAGACGUAGCUAUGCGUUGCAUAUGGAACAAUGGGUUGAGAAGAGUCAAAGUUGAGAACUCAAACUCAGUUCCUCAAGAUGCCAUCACCAAUGAGCUUCUUGCAGAGAACGAGCACUUGUUUUUUCAGAUUUCUGCGAACCUCACAUCCUCAAAGCUCGUGGAAAACCUUAGUCUCUUCAACAAAGUCCGCGAGAACAUGACGAAGCUUGUCAACGAUUCCAACGAGAAUGUGUCGGAGCCGAUGACGCAUAUGCCACCACUGCCGGAGGAAGUCAAUGAUGAGCUAUUUGAAUUAAUCUUUUCUCUCUUAAAUCUACCAAAUAUACCAUGA